AUGAAGAGCUUUCCUUUGAAAAAGGGCAAUAAUUUUAUUUUAGUGGCAGAUGAGAAUAGUUUCUUUCAACCGUGCUCAAGUGCGGACAAUGGCGGCAAUAUGAAUAUGUCUGAUUUGCUGGAACUUAAUUUGAAGCAUGAAUAUGCCGAAGAUAUGGAAACCUUAAUUACUAAUGGCAAUAUAACAUUUAAUGCAGGCUUGCCAGAAGAUGCUUUGAUAAAGUUUGAUGUGGAGAUUUUUGAAUGGAAACGUGGUAGGUGGGAAAAAACAUUGUAUUCCAUUAGACGUAAUGAUAUAUGUAGAGCUGCCUUCGAUCCAACGGAAAUCUGGUAUCCUAUGACAAAGCAAUUAGCACCAGAAGAUCGUGUUUGUCCGCCAAAAAAAGGAACCGUCUACCACUUGGUUGAUGUCAAAAAUGUAGUAGAAAUUAAUGUAUUUGGCAUAGAUCUUGAAGGACAAUAUAAAAUAGUAGCACAUUAUGUAGCUGAGGAAUUUUCGACGUGCAUUACAGCCGUUAUAAGUGUUUGGAAAAACUAA